AUGAAGACCUUCACAGCAGCCCUUUCUGUACUUUUCGUGGUUGUCUUCUGCUACCAGGCCGCCUCUUCUCCAUUUUCUCUCAACUCUUGUGGUCCCUGCUGUGUUGAGUACAUCUCCAGACCAUUGUCCUUGAGCCGUGUGGUAAAGUAUGAGCCCACAGGCAGCCACUGCUCCCUGCCAGCUGUGAUAUUUACCACCAUCAAGGACAAGCUGGUCUGUGCCAAUCCUAAUGACAAGUGGGUCAAGAACAUAAUGAAUCAACUAAAGGACAAUAAGCACAGUGGAUGA